AUUGCGUUUUUCAAAACUUGUUCAACUUAGUUUUUGUUUCCAACAAUAAAAUAUAUAUAUUUAUUUUUGGAACAGAAUGAAAGUAGCAAAUAUUUGUCGAAUUUGUCUCAAGAAAUUUAAAAAAGGAGAGGAAUUAAUUUCGGUUUUUGAAAAUGAUGAAUCAAAUAUUAAAAUAGCAAAAAAGAUAUAUGAUGUUAGCGGGGUGUUUAUAGAAAAAAGUUUUCAGAUUCCCGAGAAAAUUUGUGGAAUUUGUAUAAAAACUCUUAAUAUUUCCUAUAACUUUAGAAAGCAAUGCCAACAAUCUGAUUUUAAGCUGAAAUCAAUGAAAUGUAGUGAUAACUUGUACACAGAAAGUAUUUUGAAAGAUGUUGAAAGUGAUUAUAUACAUCAAACAUUCCUUAAAAUGGAACUGGAUACAGCAAUUGAUCAAUCAAAUGUUAAAAAAGAAGAAGAUGAUGAAGAAGCGGAAACACAAAACAUCAAUUAUGAAGAUUAUAAAGUUGUUUCUGAAAAUGAGUAUGAAACUAGUGAGCAAUGUGAAUCGGAAACUUAUUGCAAAAAUGAAGAUUUUGACACCAUCAUGAACGAAGUUGUUUCAUAUGAAUAUGAUGAACUAAUCGAUGAAUCUUUAGAAUAUUUAAUAGAUGAGUCCUGCAAAUUUAACUCUGAAACAAAAAAAAAAUAUACAAAAAGUAUUGGCAGAAUUAAAAAGGAUGAAGAUAAGCAACAUAUAAGUAAUUUUCAGCACAAGUGGAUGAAGAAUUAUAAAUUUUUGCAACAAACCGAAGAUACAAAUACUGCAAUAUGUACAGUAUGCGAUUGUUAUUUGUCGCUUCUUGGGGGAGAAUCAACUGUGGCAAUUCAUCUUAAAACGGAUAAGCAUACAUUUCAUAUGGGUUUAAGAGAAAUGGAUGUUAAAGAAAAAGAAGAAGCGAAAACAUGGAAACGUUUAGAAAAACAGGAAAGUUUUCAUAUUUGUGAUAUAUGCGGAAAUAAAUAUGCAACAUUACAUUUGCUCAGACGUCACUUAAAAUAUCACUCAAAUACAAUGGACUACGAAUGCGAAUUAUGUAAAAAAAAGUUUAGACAAGAAAUGCAGCUAAGACGGCAUAUGAGAAUUCACACGGGAGAGAAGCCAUAUUCGUGUAAAUAUUGCAAUAGAGCCAUUCGAGAUUACAGUACAAAGAUCAGGCAUGAGAGAGCGCAUACUGGAGAGCGACCUUAUGUUUGCACUACUUGUAACAAAGCAUUUCAGUAUCCUUUUGUUUUGAAAAACCAUAUGAAAACGCAUACUGGUGAAAAACUAUUUGAAUGUAUGGUGUGUAAUAAAAGUUUUACUUUAAAAAAACAUUUAACCUCUCAUCUACAGACUAUGUUACAUAAGAGCCAAAUAAAAAAAUUAGAAAAGAAAGCUUUAAAAUCUAUGGUCAUUGCCUGGCCAACUAAGGAAGUAACAUCGCUGGCAUUUGCCGGUAAUAUCAUUGUAUUGUUUGUUUUAGAUAAGUUGCUAAAGGCAGAUAUAUACUGCUCAGCUAUGAACAAUGAGGCAGCGUUUUUUCCGUUUAUAUCAUUUAGAGCUUUUGCAAUAGUUUCUAAACUCCUAGCUUUUGCAUCAGCAAUUGCUAAAAUGGCAGCAGCCUCUCCACUAGCUUUAAUGGAAAAAAAAAGUCGAUUGGCUAAAAGGAAGACAAAAUAUAACACCAAAUGGGAAAAAAGUUAUUCUUGGAUAACGGCUGAUGAAAAUAAUGAAAGCUAUGCUAAUUGUAAAAUUUGUAAUGUUAGAUUUUCAAUAGCUUUUGGUGGGAAUGCAAAUAUUCUUCAGCACAUGCAAACCGAAAAACAUCAAAACAAUUUAGCUAAAGAUUCUGAAAUCCUUGUUGAUGAAACUAAAUUAGAAAGCAUUGAACCAAAACAUUGUGAAACUUGUAGAAUCUGUUUACAAAUUGGUUUGAAUGAAAAUCUAAUUUCAGUAUUUGAGUGUGAUGUUAAUAAUGUCAAAAUAGCUAAAAAAAUUUAUGAUAUAAGCGGAAUUUUCAUCGACCAAACAGAUUCAUAUCCUAACCAAAUAUGCGAUGAUUGCAACAAUACAUUAUCUAUUGCUUAUGAUUUUCGAAUAAUUUGCCAGCAAUCCGAUCUUCGAUUGAGAGCACAAAAAACCGAUGAAAAUAUGUCUAAUAGCGAUAUUAAACUGGAAAUAAGUUCCGAAAUAGAGUUUUUGAAUGAAGAUUUUUUUGAGAAAGAUAAAAUGGAAUGUGCAAUUGGGGUUGAGCAUAAUGAUCUCGACGUGCCUUCGAAUGAUGGUAUCCAUAGCAACGAUAACAUAAGAGGUGAAUUUGACCAAAAAAUAGAAAAUACGAAACUUUCAAAACCAAAUACUUCGUCAAAAAGAUAUUGUCGCUUCAGAUCGGCUUGGCUGGAGAAAUAUGAUUUUAUCAAGCAAGGAAAAGAUAAAGGAUAUGUUUUUUGCACAGUUUGCAGUUGUGAAUUUUCUAUUGCGUAUGGUGGAGAAAAUGUUAUUAUAAGACAUAUGACCAGAGACAAACACUAUUACAAUUUAAAUCCCUCAAAAAAAGGUUUAAAGAUGGUUAGUGGAACAAGAGUUAAAUGCGCUCAAACUGUUGAAGAAUUAUGUUUCAUUAUAUGUGAAGUUUGUGGCAAUAAAUUUCCAUCAAAACGACAUUUGAGGAGACAUUUGAAAUACCACUCUGAUAUUAAGGAGCAUGAAUGCGAGAUUUGUAAAAAACAAUUUCGUGAGCUAAUGCACUUAAAACGUCACAUGAGGGUGCAUACUGGAGAAAAGCCAUACGCAUGCAAACACUGCGGUAAAAAGUAUAGUGAUUAUAGCUCAAAAAUUAAACAUGAACGUGUUCAUACUAACGAACGUCCUUACGUCUGCCAAACUUGUGGAAAAGCUUUUAUGAUAAGUGAUACACUUAAGAGGCAUAUCAUGAUUCAUACGGGUGAAAAACCAUUUUGUUGCGAGGUUUGCAAUGUUAAAUUUUCACGUAAAACUCAUUUACAAGCUCACUUGCAAUCCAUAACACAUAGAAAUAGAGCCGAAAAACUAGUGCAGACUUAAUAAGUUAAGGGUGUAACAAACUACUUUGGAGGAAUUGCAUUUUUAAACAAUAAGAAAUAAUAUACUUAAAUGAAUCUAAAUUUUUUAUCAAUUCCGGAACUAGGCCUAAAAAGAGAGCUAUAAAACUAGUUAUAAUUUUAAAUUAAUGGUAAUAAAACCUCCUUUUAUUUUCGUUGUUAUUCAAUGUUUCCGGAUAACAAGUUUUGUAAUAUCUAAAAUAUGAAAUUUUUAGUUUUCAAUUAGCGUAUAUCAACAAGUUAUGGGCAUAAAGAAUCUAUUUCUAUUACAGUUAUCGAACUUCUGUUGAUAUGAUCUUUUACGUAAAUAAAAGAAGAAAUGAGAAAAAGCUAAAAAUAAGGAAAAUUAUGCAGAAUAUUGAAAAAAAAAUGUAUUAUGUAUUAUGAAUAAAGACAUUAUUCAGUUUCUAUUUUAA